AUUACAGAGGGAAAUUCUUAUGGAGUUGUUUUCAGUUUGGUAGAUGCUUUGGAUAAACUGGCAAAAAGAAGAGAUCCCAAAAAAGGACAUUUUGAGAUGACAAAUCUGCAAAUGAUCAUAUUUUGGAUAAGGCUGAUAUAUGAGUAUGCUGUACUGCUACAUGGCUCAGAGGAGAAACCUUUGAUCAAUGGAAUUAUAGCAUCUCCAACGAUUAGUCUGAUUGGGACGCACAUGGACCUACUCACGGGGAGUGAUGCUGAGAAGCAGACAGAGGUUGAUGACAUGUUCGACAGAAUAUUUAAGGAGCUCGAUGGAACACCAUACGAACGUCACGUGGAUCGUGAGAGGUAUGCCGUAGACAACACCACAGCACUAGAUGAAGGGAUUCAAAGAUUGAAAAUAAACGUAGGCGGUUUCAUGAAGGGAAUGGCAAGAACUGUUCCAAUAAAUUGGAUGGACUUCAAAAUUGAGGUACAAGAAGCCGGGAAAACAACUUUGCGCAUGUCCUUAGAUAAGAUCACUAAGAUUGCUGUGAAAUGCGGUAUUAAUAAAGAAAACGUCAUCCACGUCCUCAAUUACCUUAAUGAUGUUGGAAUUAUUCUGUAUUCGCCCACUAACAAGAAGUUGGAGAACACAGUGAUUACUAACAUCCAUAUGCUGAUUGGUAUCUUCAUGAAAAUCAUCACAGUUGUGAAACCUGAUGAUGUUGAUAAGGUAUUCUACAUAAACUAUCAGUUACGGAUACGGCUCAUCAAUCCUCGGCUAUAG